AUGGCGGAAUGUAUUUCACGAAUUUGUAUUAUAGCUGAACCAAAAGCAUCACAUCGUGAAAGAUAUGGAUGUGAAACAGAUCGCAGUCGUAAUCAAGCAAUGCGAUUCAUUCGUGCUGAUACUAAUUCAUAUGAUUUAGAUUAUCCGACAAUUGAAAUACCAAAGGAAUGGAAUAGUCAACGUUUAUAUAUUCGUGUAACUUUAGUCACCGUACCGACUGAACAAGUACCUGUGACAUGUAUACAUCCUUAUCCGAUUGAUACUCCAGAAUUAAAUGUUAUCAAAGAUGUUGAAACAAAUACACUUUUUUUUCCAGUAUCAGAACAAGAAUUAAAUAAUGGUCAAAAGAGUUUUCGAAUUAUUCUAAGAAAAUUAGCUCAAUACGAAUUACGAAAUUAUGGUCCAUUAUAUCUUUUAAACAAAAAUACAAGAGAUAUUCAACGUGCAAAUGAUUUAUAUGAUGCUCGAAAAUUAAUGGAUGUUUAUCAAUUAGGAAGAUCUCAAUUACUUUUUUCUAUAGCUGAACUAGUUAAUGAUACACUAUUACCUGUUAUAUAUGAUGCAACAUCUGUCUUUUCUAAAAUAAUGACUGCUAUUAGAAAAACAGCAACAACAAACGAUGAUGAGUCAUUUGCUAGGUGUGUACCGCAGAAAGGUAAUUGGUUAGGUGGCGAUGAAAUUUUGAUGUUUAUUCCAAAACUUGAUAAAAAGAAAAUAUGUCAAGUGUGUUUUGAAUAUUCGACAAUAAACAAAACUAAUCAUAUACCUGUAGAAUUCGUAGAUUUAAAAACAAUUGCAUUUAGAAGUCCACCAUGUCCAAUACAAGCAAUUGAAAAUCAACGAAUAAAAGUUACUAUUGUUGUUAUUCAAAAUAGUGAGGAAAUUGCUCGUGUUAAUUUUCUCUAUGAAUCAUGUAAUAAAUGUUCAAACUGUAAUAGUGAUUUUAUGUUCGAAUCUUUCGAUGAUUCAAGUAUUGAUGAAUCAGAUUCUCCAUUGAAUAUGUCCUCUAACAGAAUGGAUGUGUCUAUGUAUAAUUAUGAACAAAAUAUGGGAAGUUCAAAAUGA